GGUGGCCCCGGCAAGAUGGCGGCGCUGCUGGUGCGCGGGGCGGCAGCGGCGGGGCUGCGCGGGCGCGGGCUGGGGGCGGGCGCGGGGCGGCGGGGCCUGGCGGCGCCGGGCGGGGACGACGAGGUGUCGCGGGCGCAGCAGGCCGCGGGGCAGGGGCCGCCCGACACCGUCUUCAGCCGCAUCGUGGAGGGCAGCCUCCCCGCCCACAUCCUGCACGACGACGAGCAGUGUCUCGCCUUCCGCGACGCGGCGCCGCAGGCCCCCGUGCAUUUCCUCGUCAUCCCCAAGCGCCCGCUGCCCGGCCUCAGCCACGCCGCGCCCGCCGACCAGCAGCUCCUGGGGCACCUGCUGCUGGUGGCGAGCCAGACGGCGAAGGCGGAGGGGCUGUCGGACGGCUACCGCGUGGUGAUCAACGAGGGGCGGCUGGGCGCGCAGUCCGUCUACCACCUCCACCUGCACGUGCUGGGCGGGCGCCAGAUGGGCUGGCCCCCGGGAUGAGCCGCCCCCCCAACCCAGCUCCGCAAUAAAGCACCGGCUGCCGGAAGGCGGCCGUGGCCUGCUC